GGAGAACCUGCCCAGGCUGCUCUGACUAUCUAGCAAGGCUGUAGACAUGUCUGUGGAAAGGAUGACGAAAGUAGAAGAGAGUUUACAAAGGGCCGUGAGACUUAAGAAGAUGGUUAACAGGUGGCAGUUGUCACAUGCUCAUUGUAUGUGGCAGAUGACAUUGAGCCAGAGAAGAAACCCAUAUGCUGUCCUAAGAAUGCAGGACAUCAUGGAACAAGAAUUGGCGCUGGCUAACAAACAGUUGCUACUGGUCCGGCAAGCUGCCCUGCACCAGCUGUUUGAAAAGGAGCAUCAGCAAUACCAGGAGGAGCUCAACCAGAUGGGCAAAGCUUUUUAUGUGGAGAGACUCUGACAGCCUUCGAAACACUGCUCUUCCAUUCUCGUCACACCUGCUAACCAAGCCUUGCUGAGCCUUUGCGCCUUGAACUACCCUCCCCAAACUGACCUGGGCUGGACCCAGGUUUAAAAAAAUGCUCAUACCCACCUCUUCACUCUUAACCUUGUGCCAUUUAGGAAUCAGUGCAUGAAAAAAAUGAUGAAAAACAAGAGUGACGCCUUGUGGUCAGACUGAGAUAUGCCAUGUCAACGUCCACAGGUGAAAGGAUGGGCAAUGUUACAGAUGAAAAUCCUGCUUUGGCUGAACAAAUAAAGCUGUGUCUUAUAU